ACACGCCUACUGAGCUUCAAAACGACGUUGUUUUGCAUCGAAUUGAUUCCUCAAAUCGUUAAUUGUUUAAAAUUAAAUAAUCCAACAUCCAUUGGGUCGGCCAAAUGCGAAAGGCGAUACAGAAAAGAAUGGAAGCAAAGAAGUAUGUAUGGGAGGGCGCGAUUCCUCUUCAGAUCCAUCUACACGAAUCCCAAGUGACCACUCUGCCUCCUCCUCCUCCUUCCCUGAUCUUAGCUCCUCGAAUCGGCUAUCUGCCGCUGUUAGUUCCUUUGAUAAAGCCUCAUUUUAGUAGCACACUUCCUCCGGGUGUUGAUACCAUUUGGUUUGAAUACAGGGGCCUUCCUCUCAAAUGCCAAAACCAACCACCCAACGGAGGCUUCUUUUGUUGCAGGUACAUACCAACUGGAGUUCUUUUUGAUCUUCUAUGUGCGGAGCCUGAAAGGCCUUGGAAUAUCACUGUGCAUUUUAGAGGAUAUCCUGGAAAUGUAUUGAUACCCUGUGAUGGUGAAGAUUCUGUGAAGUGGAGCUUUAUAAACUCAUUAAAAGAGGCGGCAUAUAUAAUCAAUGGAAAUUGCAAGAAUGUGAUGAACAUGUCUCAGUCUGAUCAGCUGGAGCUUUGGCAUUCUGUCAUGAAUGGUAAUUUGGAGGCCUACCUACGGGUCUCGUCUAAGCUUAAACUUGCAACAAUUGAGGAUGAGUAUACAAGUUUGUGUUCAUCAAAAUCUCAACAAGGCUCUGGAGAAACAGAUUUUACUGGACAGGUCAAGACAGGCAGAGUUCCAGUUAGAUUAUAUGUCUGGAGCAUAAGUGAGGAUUUUGAUGAUUUGGAAGACUUGUCUCAAGUUGAUAGUUGGGAGAAGAUCUCUUACAUAAAUCGACCUAUUGAGAUCCACAAAGAAGGUAAAUGCUUCACAUUACAUGAUGCUAUGAAAAGUCUUCUGCCAGAAUUUUUUUCUGACGAAUCCUUAAGUGACUCGAAAUUAGCUAGAGUAGAUUUUGAGGAUGCACAGAAAAUUCCCUCAGAAGAUGUGAGCAGUAAUAAAGUUGUGGAAGACCAGGGACAAAAUGCAUAUGAACACCGAGAGGCUUGCUGCAUUUCCAGUAGUGCUGAAAUCAAGCUCAUCCGUAUUCAAGGUAUUGAACCAAAGUUAGAGAUACCCUUUUCUUGGCUGGUGAACAACUUAUUAAAUCCGGACCAUUUUCUCCACAUCUGUGUCUGUGUCAAAGUUCCACAGUGAAAUUCCAGAUGAGGGGAUAUAUGCGAGUUCUUUUUCCCUUGUUACAGGGAGCUGUAUAGGAUUGUUCAGAACAUUUACAUUGUCAAUAAAUUUACGUCUUUGUUUUAGCAAGCAAACGAAGGGGGCUAUGUUACUUUGAGAAGAGUAAUUUAAUUUUCAUUUUGCAACUGGCAUAAGGGCAGUUCUUUUCUUA